AUUGUAUUUUGCAGCAAGUGGACCCUUAUUUGGGGAAUAUGUGGGGACAAUAAAUCGGCAUUCUGGGGCUCGUUAAGCCGUGAUUUGUCGAUCCAAGCUUACCACGAUCCAGCAUUAUGGUUCGCCGUAGCUCUGCAUAGGUACCCGCCUAUCAUCGCUAAAUGAAACUGCCGACCUGGGAGCUGUACCUAUAAACGUAACCUUAGCUGCCUCCAGCUACUUCAGCCAACUUUCAGUCUCCUAAACUCAACAACUACAUCAUCUAGAAUCAGCACCUUUGGAGCUUCAGGUGCUCUCGUCAUCAGUUUCCCUCUCCGCUUGUUAGAAUGUAGAUAUUUCGUCUGAGCACCAGCUCGACAGCUGUCAUAAGACUUUAGAUCUAGCAUAUCAAUAUCAUUCAACAUGGCAUCCACCGCUAGUCCAGCCUCGUCUGCGUCCAUAUCACAAUCCACCUCCCAUUAUGGCGCUCCUAUUUCUGUCGAGUCGGUUCCCGUCGAAAACCUCGUACAACACCUUCUCGAUGCUAAGCGCUCGCUCUCUUCGGUGGGCUUAGUCGUACGCGCCAACGAUCUCGUCACCUUAGCACGACGAUCUCAUGAGGAAUCCGUCAUCCUCACUGCGCAGUCUAGAUUCCUUCGCCAAGGCAUUAACGACCAAGUUCGCCUACUACAUCGUCUCCGACGAAGCAUGAAUCGAACCUACGAUGACGGAAAGCGCGAGUUCAAACAGAUCAUCAAGGCUUUAGAUGCAGCCAACAGUCGUCUCCAGGAUACUAUGAAUACUCUUCGGAGCCAGAUCGUGGAUAGUGCAUUCAGACCGACCGGCGAAUCCAAGAAAAACCUAUUAGAUUUUGUAGAUGAGUCUCAGGUUGACGGGAUAAGGGAUGCUUUGAAGGAGAACAUCCAGGCUUUACAGAAUACCCAGAAAUCAUUUGACGGCGACCUACUACGCUUCGACGACGAUAUGCGAUUACUCGAUAAAACAUUGCCUACCACUCCUUCUACCUCAUCGCCGUCUGCUUCGUCGAGAGAUCCAUCCCUAGUCCACCUUCUCUCUAAUAUGAUCGAGAAUUCGCAUAGCAUGGCCGAACUUCUUUCCUCCCUGACGAAACACUUCGAUCUGUGCGUAACCGCAGUUAGAACCACGGAAGGCGGAGCAGCAUUAGCUAGGAUCAAAGCUGCCGAAGCAACGGGUUCGCAAGGCGGAGUAGACGUGUCAAUAUCAGGCGUGAUGGCAGAACAAGAGUCCCACAUGCCCGACUACGAUCCGAUAUCCGCCGAAGACCGCGCGCAGAUGCUCGAGAUUGUUGUUCAAGAUGCUUCAGAAGUUGGUGACGUGGUUCAUGAGUUGGAGCAAUAUUUACAGGUCAUGGAGACAAACUUCACACGUGUGAACGAUCAAACGAACCAAGUCAAGAUGAAUUACCUUGCUACUCUUGAUGCAUUCAGGGUAUUAGAAGACAUCGGGUCGCGACUUCAAAGCUAUAUCUCCGCCGAAACGGAAUUCCGCGACAGAUGGAAUGAGGAACACCAAGCGAUACAAGAUAAGGUCAACGAGAUGGACGAAUUGCGAAAUUUCUAUGAGAGUUACUCCAACUCAUACGAUGGGUUGAUACUUGAAGUCGCCAGACGAAAAUCAUUGGAGGAGAAAGUUCUGAGUAUUUGGAAGAAGGCGAAAGAAAGUGUUGAUAAGAUUAUUGAAGGUGAUCGCGAGGAACGAGAGCAUUUCCGACAAGAAGUCGCAGAAUAUCUCCCUACAGACCUCUGGCCAGGUAUGGAUGAUGCUAUGGUUAGAUGGGAGGUUGUACCAGUUCAUGAUGACAGAAAUACUAAGCAAGGCGGAGUUGCGAGUACCCCGACUCUUGAGAGAAGUGUUGUAGAAGCUGCGCGAUCGCGAAUUGAGCGGGCUCCAGACCAACGAUAAGCACCUAAGAAUUCGGCAGCCCAGGUGCUUUUAUGGCGUUUUAGGGGGUACUUCUGGGUAAGGCUUGGAUGCACUUUAGGUAGCCGCAUCAGCGAGGCCUCACUGUUUUUAUAUGCGGGUGGCGUUCACUACAACUCAUCUACUUUUACAGAUAACCAGAUCUUAUGAAUGAAUAGCCAAAAUUGGCAAUACUCAAUUUAUACAAACUUCGGAUCUACGGUUUUGGCGCUUCCUUAAUUUUCUUAUAAGCGUCCUGGAUCUCCUUCAAGUUACCCAUUUUC